CAUGACAGUGUAUUUAUCAAAAGAUUUAUGAUCGAAAUCGAAACUAAAGCAGGCACCUGCUAAAAACAACUCUGUAACAUGGCGAAGUCUAAGUCGGCAUUAUCGUGGACAAUGUGUGUCCUGCGUUCCUUUUUAACUGUCACAGUGCUGGUGGCACAGGUCCUGUCUGUCAACCGGGAGAACUUUAAAACAUGUAGUCAAAGUGGAUUCUGCAAACGCCAGCGUGCAGUGCAGCCCGGCCAGUCUCCAUAUGUAGCUCUCCUGGACUCCAUACAGAAAACAUCUACAUCUAUACAGCUACAGUUAUUAAAUAAACACAACAACGUUCGAUUUCUUUUACAAGUAUUUGGACUAAAACAUAACACUGUACGGGUCAAACUGAAUGAGUUGGAGCCAUUAAGAGCACGAUAUGAAAUCCCGGUAGGAGAAACUUUGAAGUCUCAGCCUGAGGCAGAACAGAUCACAGUGCAGGAGACAUCCAGAGACAGAGUCACCUUCUCACUGGGCACCAGUAAAGUGGUCAUUCUGUCAGACCCCUUCAGGAUGGACUUCUUCGCAGGAGGAGAGCCGGUUGUCAGCAUCAACUCACAAGAACUGCUCAAGUUUGAACACAUGCGGCAAAAACAGGGCUGGUUGAGUAGAAUGGGCUCGGGAUUAUAUUCUUGGUUUUCCGCCCCUUUCAGAGCGGAGCAACAGCCAGACCCUCCUGCAGAAGAUAAGGGUGAGGAGGAGAAGAAGGAGGGAGAAGAGGAGGAGGGGAAGCAGGUGCCCCCUGAAAAGACGGAUGAAGAGGCAGACAUGUGGGAGGAAACCUUCAAGUCCUUCACAGAUUCUAAGCCUCACGGUCCUACAUCAGUGGGGAUAGACAUCUCAUUCCCAGGCUUCGACUUUGUUUAUGGAAUUCCAGAACAUGCAGAUAGUCUUGCUCUCAAAUCAACAAAAAAUACUGAGCCCUAUCGGUUGUUCAACCUAGAUGUAUUUGAGUACGAACUGUACAACCCUAUGGCUCUCUACGGCUCUGUUCCUCUCAUGCUGGCACACAAUAAAAAGAACACAGUGGGCAUAUUCUGGCAUAAUGCUGCAGAGACAUGGAUUGACAUCAGCUCCACGGUGGCUGACAAGACAUUUUUUUCCAAAGUGGCUGACAUGGUUAAAGGCAGUACAGAGCUGCCCAGGACAGACACGCACUGGUUCUCUGAGAGUGGGGUCAUUGAUUUGUUUGUGUUGCUGGGAUCGCGCCCCAAGGAUGUAUUUUACCAGUAUGGCGUGCUCACUGGAACCACAGAACUACCUCCGCUGUUCUCCAUUGCCUACCACCAGUGCAGAUGGAACUACAAUGAUGAGGAUGAUGUGAAAUCAGUUGCUGAAAACUUUGAUAAACAUGAUAUUCCAUUUGAUGUGAUCUGGCUGGAUAUUGAACACACUGAUGGCAAACGAUAUUUCACAUGGGCCGGAGAUAAGUUCCCCAACCCCCAGGAAAUGGUGGACAACCUGGUGUCCAGGGGCAGGAAGCUGGUCACCAUCGUUGACCCCCACUUGAAGAAGGAUGACAACUACCAUGUGUACUCUGACCUUAAAGCCCGGGAUUACUACGUGAAGAACAAGGAUAAUGGAGAAUAUGAAGGCUGGUGCUGGCCAGGGUCCUCAGCCUGGCCAGAUUUCUUCAAUCCUGCAGUACAGGAAUGGUGGGCUGGCAAGUUUGCCUACACGGAAUACCCGGGAUCAUCCAAGGAUGUCUUUGUGUGGAACGAUAUGAACGAACCAUCAGUCUUCAAUGGGCCUGAGAUCACAUUCCAGAAAGAUGUGAAACACCAUGGUGACUUGGAAAACCGUGACGUCCACAAUCUAUAUGGUUUCCUCGUGCAUAAAGCUACAUGGGAUGGACUGUUGAAAAGAUCUGACGGCCACCUCCGGCCAUUCCUGUUGACCAGGGCUUUCUUCGCAGGAUCACAGAGAUAUGGUGCUGUAUGGACUGGUGACAACAUUGGUGAGUGGUCCCAUCUGAAGGCUGCCAACCCAAUGAUCAUGUCUCUAAACAUAGUGGGCAUCACUUUCUCAGGAGCUGAUGUUGGCGGCUUCUUCCGAAACCCGGACACAGAGCUUGUCACCAGAUGGUACCAGGCUGGAGCAUUCUACCCUUUCUUCCGAGCUCAUGCUCACUUGGAUACAAAGCGUCGAGAGCCCUACCUUCUGCCUGAAGAGAACAUGAAGGUGAUCCGGGACGCCGUGAGGACCCGCUAUACCCUGCUCUCCUACAUGUACACACAGUUCUACAAGUCCAUGGAGAGUGGCAGCCCCAUCUUUCAACCCAUGUGGGUGGAAUUCCCAGAGGAAACAGCAGUAUUCGGCAUAGAUGACCAGUUCAUGCUUGGACCUGCAUUGUUGGUGAAGCCAGUGACGGAGCAGGGGGCUUCAACAACCACUGUGUACUUUCCUGGGGCAGGACAGCUGUGGUACGACCUGUUCACGUAUGACAUCCACCAGGGGGAUCAGGAGAAGAGCGUGGCGGGAACUCUCGAUAAGAUUCCCGCUUACCAGAGAGGAGGCACCAUUGUACCCCGGAAAAUGCGAAUUAGAAGGUCAUCCACUCUUAUGUAUGAUGAUCCAUUUACUCUGGUUGUCUGCCUUGACAAGCAGGGCGAAGCUCAGGGAGAAUUAUAUGCAGAUGACUACCAUACAUUCCAGUUUAAAAAUGGCCACUAUGUUUAUAGAGGCUUCACCUAUAAGGGCAACACUCUUGAGAGCAAAAAUUUAGAUCCCAAGGGAAGUUACCCAACAAAAGAGUGGUUAGAAAAAGUUAUAAUAGCAGGAGUUACCAAAGCUCCCAAAACAGUUGUUCUUCGAUCAGCCGGAGUUACCAAGAAUCUCGGCUUCAACUUGGAUUCGGCCAAACAUGUUCUUACAAUUCGCAAGCCAGGAGUUAAUAUAGCACAAGAUUUCACCAUCUCUGUCAAUUAAUGCAUAACUUUCAUUUAGUUAAUUCAAAAACACCUUUUGAUAAUUUUCAUGUUUAUUGAUUUACUAAUCAUGAAGCCUGCAAUGAAAGUUGUAUGCCUCCUGGUGUAUAUACUGUUAUGGAAAUUUCUCGUCUGUUAUAGUGCUGAAUGAAUGAUCAAGUAGUGCUAUUUGCAACGAAUUAAGUUGAACAUAAUUUUGACUGAACUUAUGAUGAAAAAAUACAUAUACUUAUUAAUUGUAAUGCACUACAAUUGGUAUCCAGUUGUACAACACAGGAAAUCCCUUGGUGAUGAAAGCGCAGUGAAUUCAGUCUGAUAUUACCUGUCUGCAUGCUUUAGUGGUUACUUGGCCUCCAUGUGUUAUUUACGUACAAGCACCCAUAGCAGUGCACUUGAAACCCAGUCCCCUGCAUACAGAACAGUUAAGGUAUAUAGAUCAUAGGCAGUCUGUUUUGUUCAUGGGCCUUUGUUAUGAAGUGCAUUGAAAUGCUCCCCUUUCUCUGACAAAGUAUUAAAAAAAGAAUGUGGUUUUUUUUCUCCCUUUUUGUCGGUAGUGGCUGGGUGCCAUUGACAUUGAAUGUAUGUCAACUAUUUCCUGUGCUUGUGUUUGUGGUGCAUUGAUUGUGCCUGUGUGUAAAUCCAUUGUGUUUUGUGAGUACAUUUCUGUUAGCAGGGUGAAGGCAGAGUUAAUGCAGUGUGUUCAUCCUGACUGAUCCGAAACGCUUUGGCUCAGAAUGUCCUAACAUUGUGUUCAUCCAUGUAUAUUUAGAAGAUUCAUUUCAUCCAAGUCUCAUGCUGACUGACCAACAGUGCUAUGUUUUAAUGGGCCUAUUUAUUGAAAGUUAUGUAAAAUGUUGAAAAUGUUUGUUGCCUUCACUUGGUUCCAAGGAGACUGAAACUUACAAAAAUUGUGCUGAUGGAAUCUUGGAUGAAAUACCAUGUUUAUUUACAAGUUGGAGGUUGCUCCGUGUAUGCAUGUAUGAAAGAUGAGACAAUGUGGUGAAUGUUUGGAGGAAAAGAAAUAAACAUUUUCAUGAAUAUGUGUUUCUUCAAGUUCUGCUGAUGAAAAAUUGCAGUAAUUACAUUGAAGCUGAUGAAUGGAGAGGUUCUAUCCUGGUGACAAGACGUGAGGCAUGGGAAUCAGGGUACACAACUUCAUACUCCCCAAAGGAGCAUACUAUAUCUGCUGCAAGGAUUAAUACAAAUACACACUAAUCAGGAAAUAGAUAAACAAUUUAUGCAGAGUUAUGUUUGUAGCUGUCAAUACUGAUGAAUGCAGCCGAGUAAAUUUGUGGGACAUACAGUUCCAUGGCAUUAAUAAAUUAUUUAGGAAAUGAUGUUUGUUUUACCACUGAGCCAGUACUUCAUUGUGUUCUUGCCAUGUGUAUAUAAGACACAUCUGACCAGACUGAUCAACUACAGGAGACCAUCAGUGUCCACUUCUGUUUAAUUAGCUGAUCAAUAGGUACGGUAUAUCACUGCCAGACAAUCUCCCCUCCUGUCCUGGGGUUGUUACAGGCCAGUUGAUGUGACAUUGAAUUUCGGCAGGACUGCUUUACUUUUUCCAUCAAGGAACACGCUUGUUACUAUUAUUUUUUAACAUUAAGAACUUAAAAAGGAGUACUUAAAUGGAAACUGUGAAAUAACUGUUGUACAGAAUUCAGUAAAACACUUGAUUUGAC